AUGAGGCUUAAAAGAGAAGACUUUGAGAUUUUAAAAGUAAUUGGAAGAGGAGCAUUUGGGGAGGUGGCUGUGGUAAAAAUGAAAGGAAGUGGAAAGAUUUUUGCCAUGAAAAUCCUACACAAAUGGGAGAUGCUAAAACGAGCUGAGACUGCUUGUUUUCGUGAAGAAAGGGAUGUUUUGGUGAAGGGUGACACACAGUGGAUUCCAAGCUUACACUAUGCAUUUCAUGAUGAUAGCUACCUGUACCUAGUGAUGGAUUACUAUGUUGGAGGAGAUCUGUUGACUCUACUUAGCAAGUUUGAGGACCGCCUACCAGAAGACAUGGCUCGCUUUUACUUGGCAGAAAUGGUGUUAGCCAUAGACUCCAUACAUAAACUGAACUACGUACAUAGAGAUAUAAAACCAGAUAACGUUCUCAUUGACAUGAAAGGCCACAUCAGACUUGCAGACUUUGGAUCAUGUCUGAAGAUGAAACCAGAUGGCAUGGUGGAAUCCUCAGUGGCAGUUGGCACGCCUGACUAUAUUUCUCCAGAAAUUUUACAAGCUAUGGAGGAUGGCAAGGGGAAGUAUGGAACAGAAUGUGACUGGUGGUCUCUAGGAGUCUCCAUGUAUGAACUCCUGUUUGGGGAAACUCCUUUCUAUGCAGAGUCUCUUGUAGAGACCUAUGGAAAAAUUAUGAAUCAUGAGGAACAUUUGCAGUUUCCAUCUGACAUUACUGAUGUAUCUGAGCAUGCAAAGGAUCUCAUCAAGCGACUUAUAUGCCGGCAAGAGAAACGCCUUGGAAGAGGAGGUGUCAGCGAUUUUAAGAAACACCCAUUCUUUAGCGGAGUAGAUUGGGAUAACAUACAUACUGCUGUUCCACCCUAUAUUCCUGAGGUUGACAACCCAGCAGACACCUCCAACUUUGAUGUGGAUGAUGAUUCUUUGAAAAGUUCGGUUGGUGAUGAUUUUCUGUUUAUUUGUUCAAUUUCUAUGCUAACUAAAAAAAUUAAGCACAUGUUAACUGUGCCAAGUCUAUAUGAUAUUCCACAUGACAUAGGAUAUAUUAAGGACAUUAAUGCAGAGUAG